GGGGGGGGGGGGGAACGUGGACGAGGGCGAAGGGUGCGCGAUGCGCGCUGCGCGCGCGCCCGGCCCAGCCAGAAGGAGCAGAGGCAGCAAAUGGAAAGAUGGUGAUAAGCGAUUUGCCCAACAUCAACCAGGGCCCGGGCCCAUCUCCAUCCCCUCGACAUAUGUAUGCAGACACAUUAUGCCUACAUAUAACAUACAUACAUAUAACCUACAUCACGUACCUCGCCUUUCACCCGAGGGUGGUGGGAGGAUGCGUAGAAGCCAAGCGUGGACCUCGCGCUGCCGCCGGCGCCGUCUGUUGGCACUGCUCCCGGCAAGAGGCACGAACCCGAGCAGAGGCCAAGCCAGAGACCGAGAAGGAGAGAAGAGUCCGCGAGCGAUUGACCUCUCCACCUUUUUCCUCGACGCGGACAAGGCUGACGAUAUCCAGCGGCGCCGCGGCGGGAUUUGGUCUCGGGAUUUGGGGAUCGCUGUCGCUGUCGCUACCGAUGUUUCUGCUGCUUGGUGCCGGUGCUGGUGCUGGGUGCUUGGUGGUGGUGGUGGUGGUGGUGCUGCUGCUGCUGCUGCUACUGCUGCUCCCCCCCCCGUCCCCUCCCCUACCCGUACAACCGUACGGAGAACGUCGUACGCAGUAAUGGUAGUAGAGAGAGACCCCACUGGCGAAUCCACUCUUUUCUCUCGCGCCCGCGCUCUCUUUCUGUCUCGUCUUCUGCCUCUCUCGCCCUUCUCCUCCCUCCACGCAGACGCAGACGCAGACGCAGACGCAGACGCAGACGCAGACGCGGGCCAGUGAGGGUACGGGCUCGCUCACCACUAACGCUAGCAAAACCACUCCCACCCCCCCGGCCGCCUGUUCCCGCGGCCCGUCUGGCUCGCGCUGUCUCUCAUUUGUCUACGUAUGUGUGUGUAUGUAUGCGUGUAUGUGUACUAUUGUCGUAUGCAAUGUAGGUAUGUGGGAGACGUAUGUAGGUUAAUCUCUCUGUGUGUGUGGGCGAGUGGCCUGUAAGUGCGGAUGUGCGCUCCCCUCCUGGUUUUCCUGUUCUCCCUCCUUUCCCACCCCUCCCCCUUCUAACAAGGGAAAAAAAAAGGGUCCGAAGUCUUUAGUGGUGUGUAGUAGAGAGGGAGGAAGAGAGGGAGGAAGAGGAGCAAAAAAACAACAAGAG